AUGGACUCGGUUCGUGCCUUCUGGAAGGACUUCAAGAUGGAACGUCCGCACGAUCCUCUGGCACUGGCUGCGUUCGAGACAUCGUACCGGAGGAGGGCUCGUGUCAUGGCCAACAACUUUGCCGUCAUCUUUCUCCAUUGCGCCAUUGGGGCCACCAUCAACGGGGUUCUUUUCUUGACGCCCGGCGUACGCGGCUACGUCCAGCAGAUGCCGAUGAUUCGAUUCCUCAUCUACACUUCCGGUGUUGUCAUUCCGAUUCUGACGGGUACAUCAUGGACGAUCGAAUAUCGUGUCGGCUACAUGGUGUGGCUUCUUCACACCGUUCUGCUCGUCCUCGUCACCACUGUAGUGGCCACCGACUUCGACACGGAGAUGCCGAUGGUGAUCAUGACGGGAUUGAGCCUGUUCUCCCUCUUCUUCUGCCUCAUCUGCGCCCAUCGGGGCUGGCUGUUCGCGAAGGCGAGGUGGAUCGUCUUCACGUGGAUUGCAUGGCCGUUCCUCAUCCAGUUUAUCCAGUCGUCAAUGCUGCUCUACGACUCUUCAUGGCUGAUAAGUUCGGUGUUCGGCGCCCUGGCGACGACCUACAUCCUCUACAACGUCGACGAUACCACCUAUGAAAGCCCAUUCCAUACAGUUGCCUAUUUGUAUUGUCGUAUCCCCUGGUAUUUCAUUUCCAAGUGCUCACCUUUUCGUGCC